AUGUCCGCGCUCCUGAAUGGUCCCGUUACAUUGGCGAUGGUCAUCUCUGGCUCUAUCAUGAACCUGUUAACUAUCUAUGUUUUAUCUGCUCAAACGGCCAGCAAAUAUCACCGUCCAUCGGUGUUUGCAUAUCCAUCCCCUCAGGCACAGAAGCGGAUGUCCAAUUCAACGAUUGAGAGGAGCCGAUCCGGUGUGGAACUCCAUUCUUCACAACGUCGGAGACCCUGCCGAAGCCAGAGUUCUGUGAUCUCCUCGCUCUCGGCUCAUGGUAAUCGACCCAGGGUUUAUACCUUCUUCGUUUGGCUGGCUAUUUCAGAUAUUUUGCUAUUAUUAUCAGCACUUUUAAUGUACUCAAUUCCGAGUUUGUUGAGUGGCGGAUAUCAGCCUUAUGUGCAUUUCUUCCCCUACUUUUAUCUGAUGAGUAACACAGCUCUUAUAGCCAGUGUAAGUUAAAAAAGUUUUUCUGGAGCCGGGGUUCUUUCCUUUUCCUCAAUUCGAGCCCAAUUGUUCGGAUUUGUGUGUUUUGAGUUCAAAUUUCCAGACUACAGUACGUAUCUUUUUUAACAAUUCUGAUAUGACUUUCCAUUUCAAGACAAAUGGUUUCAUUUUUUUUCUUUAGGUAUGGUUAAUGUGUGCCUUGAUGCUUGAUCGAUAUCGUACUUUAUGUAAGCCCUUCGCUGUAAGGGCGAAUAACAUUCCUCUAAUUCAUAAAGUCCUGUUCGGAGUUUGUUUGACGGCCUUGUUGUUCUCGAUGCCUCGUUUCUUCGAAUUAAAUUCUGUCCUGGAUGAAGCCUCAGGCACUUAUUAUGUCAGCCAGACUCAGCUCGUUCACAACAAGUUGUAUAUGAUUGGGUAUCGGAUAGUUGGAGGACUGCUUUUCUAUUCCCUUCUUCCUUAUGUCAUCCUUUUUGUUCUCUCAUUUCGGGUAAGAUUUUAAUUAUUUUGAAUUAAAACACCUGGCUUAAGACGGCGGCUAAUUAGGGGUUGAUAUCAGCUAAAUAUAUUCGGAUUACAUGUUUUUUGUCUGAAAUUAAUUGGAAAUCCCGUAGGGCCAAGGGAACGUCACAAUCCAGGAGCUUGUAAUCUCAUUGCAUUACAAAAGCCGUUUCUUUUUUCUCUUAACGCUUAAGCCUGCGAACAUGAGUAUUUAUUUGGACCCAAUGGUCGAUCUAUCAGAACAAGGCCUGAGGCUAUGUUCGAGGAAGUCAUGAAUUAUUUUUGAAAGCUCUGGACAGGCAAUUGUUUUGAUGGAUUGUUACCCUUUCCCCAAUCCCGAAUUUAUAAACUUUGCCCACACUUUUGGGCGAAACAUUCUUUGCAUAUGAAAGUGCAUAACACAGCCAAAGUAAUCCCGUAAAUCCGGAUUUAUUUUUUGUUUUCAGGUUUGGCUAGUCAUCCGCUCGGCCGCGUUGGCCCGACUCAAGAUGAAUGCCUCAGGCACUAUGUCGAGUGCAUGCGCGACUGACUCGGAGAUGAUUCUGAUAGCCGUUAUCUCCAAAUUUUUGCUUUCCCGGCUCCUUCCUACCGUCCUGGAUGUGAUAGAACACGUGGUAGGGCCGGAGACUUUCACCAGGUCUCCCCAACUCACGAUCUGUGUGGACAUCAGCAAUCUCGUGGUCGUUUCGUCGGCCGGAAUUAAUCUCUUCAUCUUCUAUGCCUUCUCCAAUUCGUUCCGGAAGGCCAUUAAAUCUCACUUCCGUGCUCCCAAAAAGACAUCCACCAACUCCCCGACCAGUCCUCUAAGCACGGUAUCGGCCGUUCAUUCGGCCGUCACCCAACGUCCCAAACUACCUCGACAAUUAAGCUUACAAGCUGACCGAAGGAAGCAGGCUCCUCUAAGGCGAAAGACCACCGUCAGCGGGAUCCCUCUCUGCCAUACUGUUGCCAAAACUUCUACUGUCAGAUCUCCAUUAUGUGUGGAUCAGGUAAAGACAGGGGUCCGCAUGAAGUAGCAAAAACUGGCGUUAAACUUCAUAUGGGCUUAAGAUUUUAUCUGACUUGAGGUGUAAACAUGGCCACAUUUGUGAUUAAUCCGUUCUUUUUCAGUCUCGCAAUCUUCUCACAACGCCGCUAAGUGAGAAAUUAAUCAUCACGCCUGAUCCUAGUUCAGGUAAAAUAUAAAAAUUUUUUAUUUAUUUAAAUAUUGGCCACGACGAUAAGUUUAUUUUCAGCCAUCUCAAAUGCAACAACUUGA